AUGCUGUUUCCGGACCUCGAGCCGGUGGACAUCGAUCCGAUGGCGCAUCCGUGUACUAGCGGCGUCCGGUGGCGCCGGCCACGCACCACCACUGGGUAUCAUUUAUCAUAUAAAUUGGAACUGAGGCAGUGGCAAGCAAGAGAUGAUGUUUUGGAAUCUAGUCAGAAAGAAUAUAAAGGUUUAAGACUUUUCCAUGCAAGGAAAACUUCAAGAAUACAUAGCAAUACGGAUAUUGCCCACUGGAUGCUGAUAGCUUCAGAUCCUAUCAUUACGUCCAAGAGGAGGAGGCACAUUAAAAAAAGAAAACCCUUUCCUAAGGAGGUGCUGUCAAUGUUAGAAGAACCUGUUGUGAAAAUUCUUGAUGAUAAUGGUGACGAAGAAGCAAUGGAUGAUGAUGAUGAUGAUGAUGAUGAUGAUGAUGACGACGAUGACGACGACGGAACAGUGGAUGAUUAUGAUGAGAGAUACUAA